AUUUUUUUUUUUUUUUGAUUUUUCACAGAAUUUUAACUAAAACCCUAGAGGAUCAGUGUUGCAAUGGGGUUACACAAGGAUGAUCCCGAGUUCUAUUCAUGUUGAGAUAUAACCCAUUAAUAUUGGAUAGCUAAAAUGGUUUCAUGCAUGGAAAAUAUGAUAUAUAAUGUUUUUCCCUUUUUAAUGUAUUUUUUUUUUGUAGUUUCAAUCUUAUAAAAACCCAGAACUAAGAACAUUUUUGCUGUGUUCCUUAUGUUUUCAGAAAAAGAAUUUUGGUUGUCUCAUUUGGAAUAUGAUCUGUUUCACAUUUUGUUGUGUUAUUACGUUUUUUGUAAUUUUUUUUAUUUUUCUAAUACCUGAUUCUGAUUUUACUACGCUACGGUGUUGAUGAUUUUUCUUUUUGAUAAUUUUUAUUUUAUGUUUCAUCUGUUAAAUAGGGGGUUUCCUCGUAUGAUUUGGUGAAAUCACAGUGGUUUUGUUUCUUGCGUGCACUAAAGGUUUAUUCUGUUUUUUGCCAAAUAUUCAUAAAAUAACAGAAGAGUUUCCUCUAUUUAUGAUUUUUUGGUAUUCUUACUGUGCUUGUUUAAGGCUAAUAAAUUUGCUUGGGAGUGCUAUCAGAUGCUGAUAAUGCCAUUCUCUGUCUUUUUAUUUUUUUUUAUUUUAUUUCAUUUUAUUUUUUUAUUUUUUUGCUUCGGGUGGUUUCCGGUUAGUUUGCUUGCACCUCACCUAUUCCACCAAGUAUUUGUUAUAUCUCACAAACAUGAGUAUCGGAUAACUCUGUCUAUUGAGGCAUAAAUGUUAGGAAGGUCUCUUUUAAGCUAGAGAGUGGAUUGUUAUUUACUUAAUUUAUGUCUUCGACACACCCUUUAAGUGCGAGCCUGGGUCAAGCACAUGUGAAUUCUUUUUUGAUAAUGGGUGGGAGUCUUAUGCUGGUUCUGAUACCAUAUUAUAGUCUGUGAUUAUUUUUUUCAUUGAUAACCGUGGUGUCCGGGCCCACUUGGGCGUACUUUAACUAAUUCCACGAGAUACCUGCUAUCUCCCACUGGCACAGGUGUCAGAUAAUUCUGUCCGCCAAGGCUUGGAAAGAUGGAAAGAAAUCACUUAUUGUUUCUUACCUCCCCUAAGUAUUGAAUCUGAGACCUCAUGAUUCUCAAUCUAUUUCAUUGAUCAAUAGGCGGCAUCUUUGGGUGCAAGUGUGUUAUCAUUUAUCUGAAAGUUUAAAUUAUUAGAGAGUAUACUUUUAUUUGCUUAAUUGUAUGUAUUUAACACUAUUACUAUUUGGUGAGCAAGUUUUUUUUUUUCAACUAUAAUUUUUUUAAUAUUUUAAAACAUUCUUUAACUGUUGCAUUGUGUGAUUUAUGUAUUUCUUAAUUGUACUUUCAAAUAUGUGAAAACAUGAAUGUCCAAAUUUUCACAGAAAUAAGAUAUGUUGACCUUUGCACUCCAAAUCCCCUGUUCAUUUUUGGAUGGGAGGUAGUAGUAAAAGGAGUUUUGGAAGCAAAGUUGCAGUUAAAGAGAACCUCAUAUUUGUUUUUACUGGUUGAAGAUGGUCUUAAUUAACUUAAAGCAUAGUAAUCAUGUGUGGGCAGGGGCAGGCGGUAUUUGUGUAAAGAAUAACAUUACAGUAAGUGUAUUUGUGACACAGCUGAAGUGGGGACUCAGUUUCUGUUAAAUUGAUGUUCUAUUGCUCUGUGGAACCAUACAACUGUCAUGGGACUAAUUUGUUCAAUUCCUUGUAGAUAACCCCCCUCAAUAUUGUGUCCGAAAAGGCUAAAACACCCAUCAACAUCUUUUCUUGUGACAAAUGGGUUUUCUCAGCAGUAUUAACAUUGUCAUAUUGUGAUUAUAAAGCUCUUUUUCGUUAGUGGUAGGAUGAUGUCUGAUUGAACAAAGUUUGACAAGUAGGAUCUACUUGUGAUCACCAUUCCGCUGUCGUUUCCUUUCGGCUAUAGAGAACAUGUUUACUGAUAAAAAAGAAAUAGUGUUUGUGAGAUGUCAGUAAUGAAACAUGACUUGGUGAAAUAUGGGAAAUAAUUCUCCCGCUGCAUUAAUUGUAUUUUGGUUGAUGAAGAGACUAUUGUGCAUUCGAGUCUUUUCUGCUGUUUCAGACUGAGCUCUAUUAGGAAUUUCUGUACAUGAUGAAGUAUCGUCUUGAUGCUUAACAACGUCAUACAGUGUCUUUUUCUAAUUGAUGUAGCAGCAUUUGAUAAGACCAAUAUUUUACACCUCCAAUUAGCUUCUGGAAAAAAAAUGCUAGGAGUCUUCAUAGAUUUGUACUGGAUACCUUCAACUUGGAAUGUCAUCUAGUAAGUUAGUAUUCUUAAGUUUAAUGUACUUCCAGUCAUUAUGUUGGUAAAAUUCAGAUGGUGUUUUUGUGUUUCCUUGUUUGUGGUUAUAAUGCAGAUUUUGUGUUUUUGCUCUUCGUUAUCAAAAAGUAAUGCUUUAACUCUAUUUUUGCAUUGAAAGGAAGCAGCUACUGCAGUACCUCAACCUCAUUGAGCUCCUUCAAGUUCUGCAUUGGUAAUAUAAAAUGGCGUUGAAGUCAAAGGUGAAAAGGGCCUGUGAGGCAAUGGAGGUCUUUGGCUAUACUGAAGAAAUUGUGAAGCCAGUAUUGAGGAACCUUCUGAAUCUGUACAACAAAAACUGGAAGCUUAUUGAAGAUGAGAAUUAUUCUGCUCUUUUGGAGUCUCUUAUAGACAGCGAGGAGUCAAAGGAAAGGCAGAAAUCCCUGUUGGAAGAUGAGCCAGAAGAAAAUGAACCACCACUGAAAAGAUCUAGGUUCUGCUCUCAAAGACAUCAUUCCUCACCUGCUAAACAUGAUCCCAGUCCUAGUGCUGACACAUGUACUUCAGAGUUGCAACCUCCCAGCAAGCAUAAGAUGGCUGGGUUCACCCCUGAGUCUUAUGAAACUGAGGAUGUCGAACUGAAGCCUCUUCUCUUGAAAGAUUAUCAGGGCAAAGGUAAGAAACAGAGUUCUUCAGAGGCUUCUCCUAUUUCAGAGCGGGAUAAUGACAUUGUACUACUCUCUGAUAAUGACAUGAAAGAACCUGUUACUAUGUUACCUCAUUUGACUAUAAAGGAAAGGGGUGACACAUCUCUUUCAUAUCCUGCUCUGGUACCUAAAAGAAGACUGUGUUUUGGUUGCCGGGAAGAGCCAAGUGGUAUAGGUUCUUCUGAUGCAUCCAACGAAGGUGCUCUUGUUGAGUACGACCUUCGUGAUGCUAUGCCUCUAAAUGAGCCCUUUUCUGAUAACCUUCCAGAUUUUGAUGUUCCUCUUGCUGUUGCUCCUUCAGCUCCUUCCUGUCAAUUAUUUGAAGAAGGCUCAAGAAGAAUUGAAAGACAAGACUUGGAGUUUCUCAACUCUGAAUAUUUGGGUACAGAAGGAAAUGGAAAAGGUGUGACAAGUUCAUCACAACUAGAUAUUGCUUCCUCUCAGAAGGGGGAGGUGAAGAUCUUCUUUGCCCAUAAGCCAUAUUGCUCAUCAGAUUUUCAUCCACCAAGUUUAGAUGCAGUCUUGAAGCGGAUGGAGGAAAAGUAUAUAAAGUCUUAUAGAAUUUCUCAACCUGAUUUCUCUCUGUUGAGGCUGAUGGAAAAGCUGUGUGAAUGCUAUCUGACGGCUGGCACCAAGGCUAGGCCAGCAAAUGAGCCAUCAGCUGGGAUAGAGUCUCAGAAACUUCAUCCAGUCGGUGUGAGAUAUGAUGCUGCUAAUCAUGAAUUACACUUUGCUCCAGACAUUAGCAAUGGCUCAUUCAAGUUGUCGAAUCUUAUCAAAGUCUCACCUCAAAUUCCAAAAUUUCCAGCUUCUGGAAAUAGGGAUAUAGUGUGCUAUAUGAUGAAUUUUAAUGGUACUAAGAUUCAUGGUGCUGAAAAGGACAAAACUAAUAAGGUUCUUAAACUCCUUGCGCCUUCAACGAUGAAGAAUUCAUUGGUUGUUCAGAAAAACACCUCAUCUCCUGGUCUUCCUAGUUCUGCUUAUUAUUUUGAAGACAUCACCAAUGGUCAAGAGGUGCAUAGAAUUUCGUUGAUCAAUGAAUUCAGCCAUGAGAUCUUGCCUGUCUUUAAGUACAUACCUAAGAACAUUAUUUUCCAAAAUGCAUAUGUGAAGUUUCUUCUUGCUCGUAUAUCGGAUGACAACUGUUGUUCAAACUGCAGUGAGGAUUGUUUGUCUCCAGAUAUACCCUGUGCUUGUGCUGGUGAAACAGGGGGUGAGUUUGCCUACACAUCAGGUGGUUUGCUCAAGGAAAAGUUUCUCGAGAAUUGCAUCUCAAUGAAUCGUGAACCCCAAAGGCAUGGUUUAGUAUAUUGUCAAGACUGUCCCCUUGAAAGGUCUAAGAACAAUAGCAUGUCUGGCGUGUGCAAGGGUCAUUUGGUGAGGAAAUUUAUCAAAGAGUGCUGGCAUAAAUGCGGCUGCAGCAGGGAAUGUGGGAAUCGUGUUGUUCAGCGAGGCAUAGCAGUGCCAUUGCAGGUGUUUAUGACAGCUCAUGGAAAAGGUUGGGGGCUCAGGACACUGGAGGAUUUGCCUAGAGGUGCUUUUGUCUGUGAAUAUGUAGGAGAAAUAGUGACCAACACGGAGUUGUAUGAGCGAAACACGCAAACCGCUGAUGAGAGACACACAUACCCAGUUUUGCUAGAUGCAGAUUGGGGUUCGGAAGGUGUCCUGAAGGAUGAAGAGGCACUUUGUUUGGAUGCUACUUCUUAUGGCAAUAUUGCAAGGUUCAUUAAUCAUAGAUGUUAUGAUGCUAACUUGGUUGAGAUCCCAGUUGAAGUAGAGACUCCGGAUCAUCACUACUACCAUGUUGCUUUUUUCACUACGAGGAAAGUUAAUGCUUUAGAAGAGUUAACUUGGGAUUAUGGUAUUGACUUCACCGAUCAUAGUCAUCCAGUGAAAGCGUUCAAGUGUUGUUGUGGAAGCGAACUUUGUCGAGACAUCAAGUCUUUGAAGAGAGCUAGGAAGUAGAUCCUGAUGAAGAUUCCUUCUCGCUGAUGAUAUACUGACCUCAUCGAUAACUCACAUAGAUAUAGGUAAAUCAAGAAGCAUUAGUGGUGAAAAAGAAAUCAAGAAGCACUAGGCUUUUUUUGUUUUUGAAAAGAACUGCUGAUGUUAACAAUCAAAAAAAGAAAUGCUGAUGUUAUGUUUUGGUGAAAUUGCAUAUAUGUAUGCUGGAAAAGCACGUUCUUUUU